GCAAAAGAGAGCCAUUUCCCAGUCUUGUAGCCUAAAACCUUUGGCGACUCGUGGUUCGUUCAACUCGAGCCGCCGCCGUUAGACAUCACCCUUCCCUCCCGACGGCCUGCCCUCGUCGGCCGACCCGAUGGAUGCGCCGGCUCUUUCCUCCUCGCGAGGUGUCUCCAUCCAUGUCCGUCCUUCGCCUCCGCUCACCCUUCGUCGAGCGUUGAGCCCAACAAAACCCUAUUCGCGUAUCAAGACGAAGCCUUUCUCCAUCUGCGCCUCCUUGUCUUCGGAUUCCACUGUUACUUUGCUUGAUUAUGGCGCUGGAAAUGUCCGAAGCUUGCGCAAUGCUAUCCGCUAUUUAGGGUUCGAUAUUAAAGAUGUGCAAAAGCCAGAAGACAUACUCAGUGCUAAUCGGCUUGUUUUUCCUGGGGUUGGGGCCUUUGCAGCAGCAAUGGAGGUGUUAGAGCAAAGUGGGAUGGCUGAAGCACUUUGUACAUACAUAGAGAGUGAUCGUCCUUUUUUGGGUAUCUGUCUGGGGCUUCAGUUAUUGUUUGAGUCCAGUGAAGAGAAUGGUCCAGUAAAAGGUCUGGGCUUGAUACCUGGUGUUGUUGGGCGCUUUGAUUCUUCAAAUGGUCUGGCAGUACCUCAUAUUGGCUGGAACGCCGUUCAAAUUACCAAAGACUCAGGAAUUUUGGAUGACAUUGGAAGGCACCAUGUCUAUUUUGUUCAUUCCUAUCGUGUAAUUCCUUCAGAUGCUAACUGGGACUGGGUUUCAUCAGUGUGCAAUUAUGGCGAUAGUUUUAUUUCUUCUAUAACAAGGGGCAAUGUGCAUGCUGUCCAGUUUCACCCAGAAAAGAGUGGAGAUGUUGGACUUUCCAUAUUAAGGAAGUUUCUUGAUCCCUCUUCGUCUUCAAAGAAAUUAGCUCAUGGGAAAGCAUCACAACUUGCAAAGCGAGUGAUAGCAUGUCUUGAUGUGAGGGCAAAUGAUAAAGGGGAUCUUGUAGUAACCAAAGGGGACCAGUAUGAUGUAAGAGAGCACUCUGAUGAACAUCAGGUUAGAAACCUUGGGAAGCCAGUGGAGCUAGCAGGUCAGUACUAUAAGGAUGGUGCUGAUGAGAUUAGUUUUUUGAACAUAACUGGUUUCCGUGAUUUUCCCUUGGGAGAUUUGCCAAUGUUACAGGUACUACGGUACACAUCAGAAAAUGUUUUUGUACCAUUAACAGUUGGUGGUGGUAUACGAGACUUCACAGAUGGGAAUGGAAGAUACUAUUCAAGCUUGGAAGUGGCAUCAGAAUACUUUAGGUCUGGUGCAGAUAAGAUUUCAAUUGGAAGUGAUGCGGUUUUUGCUGCAGAAGAAUAUUUAAAAACUGGCGUAAAGACUGGUAAGAGCAGCCUAGAGCAGAUUUCUCGAGUUUACGGUAACCAGGCAGUGGUAGUAAGCAUUGAUCCCCGCAGAGUCUAUAUCAGGAACCCUAAUGAUGUCAAAUUUAAGACCAUUAAGGUUUCUUCUCCAGGCCCGUCAGGUGAAGAAUAUGCAUGGUAUCAGUGCACGAUCAAUGGUGGACGUGAGGGGCGACCUAUUGGAGCCUAUGAACUUGCAAAAGCUGUUGAAGAACUUGGAGCUGGAGAAAUACUUCUUAACUGCAUUGAUUGUGAUGGCCAGGGUCAAGGAUUCGACAUAGACUUGAUUAAGCUGAUAUCAGAUGCUGUCACAAUUCCUGUAAUCGCAAGCAGUGGUGCAGGUGCUGUUCAGCACUUCUCAGACGUCUUUCAAAAGACAAGCGCAUCAGCUGCUCUUGCAGCUGGAAUUUUCCAUCGGAAGGAGGUUCCAAUUUCAUCGGUCAAGAAGCAUCUGUUGCAAGAAGGCAUAGAGGUUAGAAUGUAAAAGGGAUUUCUUUUCGGCCAUGUUCCAUACGUGCUGCUGCAUUCAGCUUGAGAAUGUAAGAUUAAUCGUGCAAGUUGCGUGUCAUUUAGCAGGACAAAAUCUCUGACCUGUGUUAUGGUCUGUCUUUUUGGUUACCAGCAAUUCUUCUUAUAUAAACUGCACCAACAAUUGAGAUUGAAAACAGAGUCCACUCAUUUAAUUUGAUAAGAUGUUCUGAUGAUACUGGAA